CUCAAUUCCUCCGCCAUGAACCGUUUGGCGCAACUUCCUUUGCGCAUUAUACAGUUUCCUUUACGUAUAUUUCGUCCGGCUGGAGACGUCAAUCUCAUUCGAAUAAAGAGAAGGCGAGCUAUAAUGGCAGCGAUUGGCCGGAGAGCCAGCCUUUUGACUGUAUCCCUAUUUCUGAUUGGAUAUCUUUGGCUCCUCGCUAUACCGUCAUCUCAACUAGGCCGUGGAACAUACAUCGACGAAAAUGCCCUCCAACCAGGUCAAGUCAACACCUACUGGAACUGGGAUGACGUUCGAAAUGCUGAUAGAUAUCUGGAAAGACUGGAACAACUCCGCGAUUCAAAUGCCACGAGUGAGCAGCGAGUGUCCUUCCUGCUUGAUGAGUUCCGAAAGAUGGGACUUCCGGCUGCUUCUCAGAAAUAUAAGUUCACGACUCUGUCGAAGAAGAACGCCCAAGGCAAGAAUGUCUACGCUAUGUUCUCGUCUCCUAGAGCGUCGGGAGUGGAAGCGAUGGUCGUUAGUGCGUCCUGGAUAAGUCGAGUUGAUGAAGGAUCUGGACAAUUAAACUUGCGAGGCGUGGCCAUGGUUCUCGCACUGGCGAAAUUUCUUAAGCAGUACUCGUUAUGGGCCAAAGACCUCAUUUUUGUGCUUAGUGAUGGCCAUCUAGACGGGAUGCAUGCGUGGCUGAACGCAUAUCAUGGCUCCACUCAAACGAAUCUCAUCACUGAACCGCUCAUGUUGUCGUCUGGGGUAAUAUGGACCGCUCUCUGCAUUGACUAUCCAGGACACUCCUUUUCUCAUCUGGGCAUGUUCCAUGAGGGCUUGAAUGGCCGCUUACCUAACCAAGAUCUCCUCAAUUCGUUCCAACGCAUUGCACAGUACAGAGCAGGUGUUCCUGUCAUUAUCUAUGAUCACCUUGACCCAAGAGAUUAUCCUGAAUUACGAAACGAUAUUUUACCUCAAUGGAUACCUGGUUUUCUGCGUGAUGAUCAUGAUCUAAUAACGUACGCGUAUCAGGCUCGAAACGUCUAUCGCCAUUUUCGGUAUCAGGCUAGUGGCCGCGGGAGUGGUGUUCAUGGGCUGUUUCACCAGUUUCGUAUAGAUGCCUUCACAAUCUUUGCUUUGCCUGCAGCCGGACCCCACGGUUUCCACGCGUUAGGCGGCAUCGUUGAAUCCACAUUGCGGACCACGAAUAAUCUCUUAGAGCGGUUACACGCCUCGUUUUUCUUCUACAUCAUGACAGGCCCCGAAAGAUUCCUUAAAAUUGGAAGUUAUCUUCCGAGUGGGAUCGCCAUUAGUGUCGCAAUGAUGUUCGCCGGACUGAAAGCUUGGGUUGAGGCGGCGAAAACCCACCGAACCCGGCCUGUAUUGGCCGUCAUUCUGAAAUACAUGUUGCCUACACAUGCACUCGGAGGUAUUGUCUACCUUGCAAUUACUAGCGGCUUGGUGGAUAGUGUGCCGAAAAUGGUCGCACUAUGUUUGAUCAUCUUUGUAUCGCCGUUGAUACUUGUAUCAGCUCCUAAACCAGCGGAACGAAUCGCGCCCCUUGCCGCGGUAUUGAAGGCUCUGAGUCUUUGCUUCACGUCAACCGUGAUUUCUAUUAUAGCCGUGCUCAACUUUUCACUAUCAGCGACGUUGGCGGCUAUAUUGGGACUGCCUCUUUCGUUAUCCUCACCUUCUACCUCUUUACCUUUGCGAUUCGUCAAGUAUGCUCUAUACUUCGGGUUUGGUGUGGGGUGGUUAUUUAACAUGGAGAACUUACAACAGUUACUUUGGGAUUGGCAAGCCCUCAAUAUCUGGUUGUUACCUUUCCUAUGUUUGGUUUAUACCCCUGUCGUACUCCAGGCCAGUAUUGUAUGUCUCCUGUAG